GGCAAUUAGGUUACUGUCAAAAACACGUGUUUGUUUUGAUGAUUUCCCUGCAUUGUGUUCAAAAAAAGAGAUUUAUGUAUUUUUUCUAUUCUAAACCAAACUUUCAAUGCAAUAUCAUCAAAUAAAACUAUAUUUUCAAUUAAAUAAUUAAUUGUUUUAUCCUAUCCUAACUAUGACGAGCCAAUUGAAGGAAAUAUAUGAGAAAAGUACAGAAUACACUGCAUUCUACACGGGUGGUGACAUUCAAUGGACAUCAGAUGGCUCGCACCUGCUGUGUCUGUGCAAUGACACCAUCAAUGUUGUCGACGUCAACACCAGCUCCACCACCCUGGUCAUUGGGGAAGCCCCUGAAGGUAUUGAAACCGAUAACAUUUACACUUUUCAACUGUCCCAUAAUAAUGAAACUGUAGUCACAGCACACAAGAGUGGGCUGAUAAAGUUGUUUAGUAGAGAAAAUGGGACACAGCUUAAACUGUGGCGAUCAGGACAUAAAGGCCCAGUUGCAAGACUAGCCUUUGAUCCAGCAGAUGAGAGUGUAGCUACAGGAGGCUCGGACGGCAGCGUGCGGCUGUGGGACCUUGCACACAAUACAUGCACCAGCAGCCUCCGGGGUGCCACCGGAGUGUUCAGUGUACUCAAAUACCACACAGAUCCAUCUAAACAGCUGGUCUUUGGGGCAGCAGAUGACACCAAAAUCAGAUCCUGGAAUUCCAAAACUGGCAAAGAGCACAUUGUUUACUCAGGACACUUCAGUAAAGUGACGUCUGUGCAGUUCACAGCAGAUGGGGAACACAUGGUUAGUUCGGGCAGGGAUAGAGUCUUGAUACUAUGGAACUUGAAUGAAGGCAAAGCUCUGCGUACUGUACCUGUGUAUGAAAGCAUAGAGAGUACAAUACUUCUUCCUCCAGUAUUCCAAAUUCCCAACUUCAAGAAGAAACCCGAGACUGGCGGCAUAUAUGUGGCAUGUGCUGGGGAAAAGGGCAUAGUGAAGGUAUGGAAUGUGCAGAUAUCGAAAUGCAUGUUUGAACAGAGUAACAGCUUAGUUUCAUCAGCUGCAGAGGAAGGAGGGCUCGCCAUCACCAACUUGCUGUUCAAUGAAGCCAGAAAUGUACUCUCAGUGGUCAGUGUGGACCACAACAUCAUCAUUCACGACCUGGAGACUUUCAGCUGCAAGAAACAGAUGAUUGGUUACACAGAUGAAGUGCUGGAUGUAAUAUUUGUAGGUCAAGAUGAAUCACAUGUGGUGGUAGCAACCAAUAGCCCAGACUUGAAAUAUUACAACCUUGAAAGCAUGAAUUGCGAAAUUGUAAAAGGUCAUAAGGACAUAGUUUUAGCUUUAGCCAGAUUCCCGACAAAGCCACAGUUAUUUGUCUCAUCAGGAAAGGAUAAUACAGUCAGAAUCUGGCUGCAGGAUGAAGCAAAGAACAUCAGCUGUGUAGGUGUUGGAUCGCGGCACACAGCAUCAGUAGGGUCAGUGUUCACUGCUCAGACUUCCACCGACUUCUUUGCGUCAGUAAGUCAAGACAACUGCUUGAAAGUGUGGACAGUCCCCAAGGAGCUCGACAGCCCUGACCAGAAGCUGAAGACAAGUUACACGGAACUGGCGCAUCAGAUGGACAUUAACUGUGUCGCUGUGUCGCCGAAUGACAAGAUGAUAGCGACGGGCUCGCAGGACAAGACCGCCAAGCUGUUCUCUGAAGACCUGACGGUGCUGGGCGUGCUGAAGGGGCACCGGCGCGGCGUGUGGAGCGUGCGCUUCUCUCCCGUGGACCAGGUGGCGCUCACCUGCUCCGCCGACUGCGCCGUCAAGCUGUGGUCCCUCGCCGACCUCAGCUGCCUCAAGACGUUCGAGGGGCACGAGAGCUCAGUCUUAAAAGUAGAAUUCCUAAGCAGAGGUCAGCAAUUCGUUUCGUCUGGCGCAGACGGACUCCUCAAACUAUGGAAUAUCAAAACAUCGGAGUGCAAAGCAUCUUUAGACAACCACGACGGGAAGGUUUGGGCGCUGGCAGUCAGCAAAGACGAGUCGUCCAUCAUAACGGGAGGAUCAGACUCCAAAAUGGUCAAAUGGAAGGACAUGACUGCCGAGCGGCGAGAGAAGGUGGCGAGAGAGCGCGAGGAACUGAUACUGCAGGAGCAAGAGCUGAUGAACUUGCUGCACGACAAGAAGCUGGUGAAGGCACUGAAACUAGCGCUGAGGCUGGAGCGGCCGUUCCAGGUACUGAAGAUCAUCAACGAGAUUCUGAAGGCGGGGCCAGACAAGCUGCGCGAGACGCUGAAGGAGAUCAGCAACACUCAGAAGGAGGUGCUGCUGCAGUUCGCGGCGGAGUGGAACACCAACAGCCGGCACUGCGCGGCGGCGCAGCUCGUGCUGCACGCGCUGGCGCCGCAGCUGCUGGCCGGGACCCUGCGCGCGCCCGCCGCGGCGUUGGUGGAGGCCGCGCUGCCCUACACCGAGCGACACUUCCACCGCCUCACCUCCCUGCUGCAGGACCUCAACUUCAUCACCUACACCGUCAACUGCAUGCAACCGCACGCCAUCAAACAUUAAAUAAACAAACUAUUCAAAUAAAA